AUGAAAAUAAAGAAAUCACUCCAAUUAAUUAUGUCUUACCAUACAAGAAUUUUGAAAGUUGAUCCCUCCUCCAUUAAAUUUUCACCAACCGCACACAUAGAUGGCUCAUUACCUGAAAUAACUGACCCUGCUACAAGAGAAGCACUUCUAGAGGCUGCCAGGAUUAUCAAGGACACAGACGAUAAUGUUGCUUUCCCAACUGAAACUGUAUAUGGUCUAGGUGGUUCUGCAUUGAAUGAUAAAUCGGUAUCAAAUAUAUAUAAAGCGAAAAAUAGACCUAGCGACAAUCCACUAAUAACUCACAUAUCGUCAAUCGACCAACUUAACAGAAAAAUAUACAACAAUAAACAAUCUGAAUCUCAAUUACAAGAUACAUAUCAACAUAUUCCAUUAUCAUACCAUUCUUUGAUUUCAAAGUUAUGGCCAGGUCCAUUGACGAUCCUUCUUCCUGUUCCUGACAAAAACGAUAAUACAUUGUCUGAAUUGACAACUGUGGGCCAACCAACUUUUGCUGUUCGUAUCCCAUCGAACCCAAUAGCAAGGGCCCUUAUUGCUUUGAGUGAUACACCUAUUGCGGCUCCAUCUGCAAAUGCAUCAACCAGGCCUUCCCCGACAUUGGCUGAACAUGUUUAUCAUGAUUUAAAUACUAAACUUCCACUGAUUUUGGAUGGCGGGCCGUGUAGUGUUGGUGUAGAAAGCACAGUGGUUGACGGUCUAUCCACACCUCCUUUGCUAUUAAGACCAGGUGGUUUUACAUAUGAGCAAAUUGUAGAAUUAGGUGGUUCAGAAUGGACUGAUUGUAAAAUAGAGAAUAGGAAAACAUUAGCGAAGGGAGAAGUCGUUAGAACGCCAGGGAUGAAAUACAAACAUUAUUCACCUUCUGCAACGGUUGCCUUACUAAUACCAGAAAAGAAAAGCCAAGACAGCUCAAAAUAUUUCAUAAAAAUCAAUGAACUUAUUGCAGAUGAAUGCAAUAAAAACAAUAUUAAGAAGGUUGCUGUACUAACAUCAAUAGAAUUAAAUAAGAAAAAAUCAGACUUACUCACUAACUUGAAUGAACUUGAGUUAAAAGAUAAACCAGAGAUAAUUUUGAAGACUUUAGGUCUGAAUGGGGAAGAGAUUCAAAUGAACCUAUUUGCACUAUUAAGAGAAGUUGAUGAGUUAGAUAAAGUAGACUUAAUAAUAGUAGAAGGUAUGACAGAAGAUAGAGAAGGCUUGGCUGUUAUGAAUAGAUUGAAGAAAGCUGCUGGUGAGAAUCAUUAUUAUAUUUAA